AUGUUAUUGAUCAUAGCGCCAACAACUACAAAUGCACCUAUUACUACUGACACAGCUACUUCGGCUGGACCUGGUUCUACAGCAACAACAUCUGCAACAGGUGCACCCACUUCUUCCUUGCCCUCACCCUCGUCUGGUACUGACUCUGCUGCUUCGACCGUAGCUUCAACAGCGGUCUCAUCUGUCACUGGCGGUUUGAAUGAUACGACAAUAGUGGCAGCGACAACAAAGACAUCUACGACAACCGUAGCAACAACAACAACGCCUGCAGGUAUCAGUUGUACCGUGUGCAACAACGUUCCCCCACUGUGUUUCCAACUGCAUCACGUCGCUUCGUGCCCGGAACCAUACUGUAUUAACGAGGUAACCAAUACCGCUGACGGCUCCAAGACCAUCAGUCGAAGAUGCGGAACGCUACGUGAAUGUAACUCCGACUGGUGGCACACAACAAGCGACGACCCUGACUGCCAGACGUACAAUCCUAACGGCAACGUAAACAAAUACAUUCACUGUACGUUCUGUUGCACGACGGAGAACUGCAACGCUGACGUUGUACCCAAACCUGGGACGCUCUAUACGCCGCCCGAUGAUGAGGUCGUUGACGUGAAAUAA